AUGACGGCGUCUUUGGCUGCCUUGGCGUGGAUUGUGAGCCCCAAGCACAUGCAAAUGCACAUGGUACUGCCAGCACAAGUGUUGAUGAUGCUGCUGGGUUGUAUCAUUGACAAUACUGCAGCUACUAGUGCAUGUAAGGACGAGGCACUGUCAGAGAAGGCAUGCAGUGGCCUAUUGGCCAACCUUCAAAUCCAAGAAAGCCAGGCACAACGAUUGUUGGGGUAUCUUCAGCUUUUGGGGGUCUUGGUACUUGUGCAACAAGAUAACGACCAAGGCAAGUCCUGCCAUCCAUUCUUCCAACUCAGUUAUGGUGUCUCAUUGCGAGACCAAACGUCUUCGCCUCCCAACAGCAGUCCUUGGAUCAUGGAAUUCCUGCGUCGGCUCGAGGAGAAUCUGGAACAGACAAUAUUGCACAACAAAAAGAGUCAUGAUGCCCUGUCCUUGUUUUAUUGGCGUCACCUGCCGGGGCUCAUUAUUCGCUUGGGAGGAUACAAGUCAUGCCACCGCCUUCUACACGACAACCUAGACUAUGCCCGUGCUCGACUGCACCACUUGGGGCUGGAAGCUACCGUGAAAGCCUACGUGGUCGAGUGGCAAUGCUUGCAACACAGCAUGCAAGUGGCAUUAGUGUCGCUGCCUCCGCCACCAGCAACGACCAAAACAUGGCUCUGCGAGCAAGUGUUGUCCAUGGCGGCAAAUCAUCUAGCUUUGCCGAAACAACAAAUCACCACAAAACAACCACAACCACAACCACAACCACAACCACAAGAGAUUGCCAAGGCGUGCUUCACCUUGGCCACGUUCACUCCAGAGGGUAACAACAAUCAGCCGUUGGCCACAACGCUACAACUCUUGCAGCUUGGACGUCUCCUCCAAUUGACUGUGCUGGAUGGACACUGUCGUCGAGUUGCCAAGGCUAUCCACAACCUGGGAAUUACCCGGCACGUUCGAUCAUCAUCCAAAAAACAAAAGGGAGGAAUGGAAACGGCCCAUGAAACGGCCCAAGCUGAAACGGUCACUUGUACAGCCGAGCCAAAGCCGCUGUCCAAACAGUGCUUUGAUCUCUCGGCACACCUCUUGCAGGACUUGUAA